AUGAGGGUAAGAAAAAAGCCUGAUUUGAGGAUAGAUAUCCCAUCCUACCCUCACGACUAUGUAGAAAUGCCACCUGAAACUAAGAAGCUGAUACACGAAGCUAACAGAACCCCAAAUGAUAUACCCUAUAUUGAUGAGGGCUCUCCGUCGUCACCCAAAGUCCACUUUCAAGUUGGGAGUCCCGACUUUACGCAAAAUCAAUACGAAUUUCGAACAUCCACACCGGAAGUCAAUUACAUAAGUGAUUCUAGUGAAAUACAAGAUACAAAAUCUGAACAAUCCAGCCCAGUUCUUAGGAAACCAUUUAGAAAAACGUCAACAUCUGUACCAGCUGAUUUGCAAGAUUACGGGCAAAAUGCUAUUUCAGACAACAAUAAUGCACGUUUGAAUGGGAAACGAUUCUUUCUCCUAGAAUGGAACUCAAGCCAUACGCUCUUUACGUAA